AUGCGCUCCGAAGGACUCUGCAAAAAGGAGGACAUUCUUGAGUGUGUAAAUGGAAAGGCAGAUGACAAAAAACUGCGACACUUUUCAAUCAGUCGAUAUGGGUUAGUGGAUAACGAUGUUAGAAAAGUUGUAUGGCCAAUUUUAGUGAGAGGAAAUUGCGAACUACCAGAUAUAGACCCGGAAACGGUAAAGCACCAUCCAAGCUAUCAUCAAGUUAAAUUGGACACAUGUCGUAUGACAAGUUUAAUGCCUAAGGACUCAAAUCCCGAAGAAAUUGAAAGUACACAACAAAUUGUUACUCGUCUAGUGAUUUCUGUAUUAGUGGAUAAUCCUUCUUUACAUUAUUAUCAGGGUUUCCAUGAUAUUUGUUAUGUAUUCUUUUCCGUUUUGGGUGAAAGAGAAUCUCGAAUGUUGCUGAAUAAAUUGAUCCCAACUCAUUUCAGUUUGUUCAUGCAGAAAUCUAUGGAUGUAACUCUCGAAUACAUGCAAUUGAUAUUCGCCUUGUUAGAACAUGUUUCAACUUCUGUACUGAAUAGUAUCGAAUCUGUUGAGUUAGGCCCAGAUUUCGCUAUCGCUUGGAUUAUUACUUGGUUUGCUCAUGUUCUACCUAAUAUGGAUGAUGUCAGACGCCUGUUCGAUUUAUUUUUAGCAACAGAUCCUAUCAUGUUGGUUUACGUUUCAGUUGCUAUAAUUACUAUCAGUGCCAAAGAAGUGGAAUCAACACCGUUGGAUUUUGCUCUUUUGUAUCAAACACUUGCACGUUUACCUAAACUACAUCCUGUUGAGGAGCUAAUCCGUGAAGCUUUAAAAAUUUACAUUGAUUUAGAACCAGACAAAUUGAUUGAAUUAGGCAAUAAACGUAUUCUAAAAUAUCGUGAGCAAAAAUUACUUAACCGAUCACAAAUAAUACGUCAACCAUUUUCAAAAUCUACAAAUAAACAUAUAUUAUGGGGAUUAGUUACGCAGCAUCAAAGAACUAUUUUCUCUCUUAGUUUUAUCGUCAUUGUCAUUAGUUAUUUAUUAAAUAAAAGUUUAAAAGACUAA